CCCUAUCAUAUCCUCUAAUUGUCGCGGUUAUAACUUGUUGGCCAAUCUUCCACACACGACUUGCCGCUGAAGGAUUUUCCCAUGAUAUGCGGGGGUGUUGUGUAUACAGGCGGCCCCCUAGUCUCUGUGUUUUUAUUCCCAGUACAGUGUCAGUAUCGGUUGGAAGAACAUCGUACGGACAGUGCGCCUUGUCUUCACCUGGUCUUCAGCAUGACGCAAUAUGUGCGUGACAAGAACGUCUACCCUGUGAUCGUAUAACGUGAUUUCUUCUGAGCCUUCUAACCUUUCCCCCCUCCCCCUUUUACUCCAGUGAGUUUCAUGUGUCCUCGUGGCGCUGCUUCAAGGACAGUCCGUCUAUUGUAUUGACCAGACGACUUGUACCUGUACAGCCCCGGGUACCGGCACGGUGUGGUCAGUCCUGAUCUUAUCCAGACCCGAUAACAACAGUUACAGCUGUACACAGCCGAGCAGAACGCCCUGCAUAUUGAGUCUAACGUCGUAAGUAGAGUCGCCAUCCAUUUGUCACCGGUGUAUCACGGUGUCUUCAGGUGAUUUGUGACUGGCGUGCAGCAAUGGCGACGACAGAGACUGAGCAGGCGGAAACGCCGCUUCUUGGUGGAUUUCUGUCGUGCGGGAUUUGCGGAGCAUCCAAGGAGAAAGAACUGAAGGCGUCGCCAUGCCUGCACCUGUUCUGUCAGGACUGUCUGCGAGAGAAGGCAGGAGAAGACGGGACGUUCUCGUGCCCAAGGUGUAAGAAAUCUGUGUCUCUCCCAGCCGGUGGGGUUAACGACCUCCCAGACAGCCUGUGGGUCCAUGACGUCAGGCGGGCGCUGGAGAGCAGGCCGGCCGCGCCGCCAGACUCGCCCGAAGCCAUCAGGGAAGGCUGCGAACACCCCGUGGAAAACGCUCGAAUCUUCUGCGACAACUGCGACAAGGCUAUCUGCGAGGACUGCGUCCAAGAACCGAACCCGCACAAGGGUCACCAGGUGCGUCUACUCAGCGACGCCAUCAAGCAGAAACAAGGAGAAGUGCAGACAGUGAUAUCGUCGUGUCUGGUGGGCGUUUCCAACGGCGGGGCGACGCUGAACAAGUUAGACGCCUCCGACAAGAGUCUUCGCGCCAGGAGAGACAAACUUAUCCAGGAGAUUGAGCGGGAAGCGCAGAUUUUGAUUGACAGAAUAGUUGCACGGCGUGAGAGACUCGGGGCAGACGUCGAGUCCAAGUAUAACGAAAAAAGUCGCCUCCUUCAGGAGAAGAGAUCGGAGACGAUAGAAACCGUCGCACAUCUGCUUCACGCGGUAGAAAAGGCUGAGACGUCUUGUAAGGAGGACAACUACUUGAGACUAUCCGGGGCGAAGUCGGACAUGAUUCACCUGAGCCAGAGGCUGACACAUGUUACAGCCGAGAUUGACCUUGACGCCUUUGACCUUGGCUUGAAGUUCACGUCUAGAGGUAUUCCCGAGGACGGGGUGUUCCGAAUUGGGCGUGUGGAGGAGCUGCCGGUCAUCCGUCGGGUCAGUUCGGACAGUUCCGACAGUCGGGACGAUGGUCUGGUCGACGCUAGACCGAGAAACGGAGUCGCCGUAAACGGCAACAACAACGGGGAGAGGAACGGGGAGGCUGAACACUCGGACGAGGCGGUGCUGGCAGAGUGUCAGGAGGAGCAGUGCCGCACAUCGGACCGGUCUGUGAUGGUGGGACGGGCAGGGACGAAACAGGAACAGUUCAACCACCCGUGCGGACUCGCCGUCUCCGAAGACGACGUCAUCUUCGUCGCCGACACCGACAACAAGCGGAUCCAGGUGCUGAACAGCGGCGGGGAGUUCGUGCGCGUCAUGCCGACCCUCAGCAAGACGUGGCUCGGCAGGAACACGGAGCACGCCCCGGUCUGGGUCGCCAUCGGCGCCGAGGGAAACCUGUACGUCACCUACCGGCGGAAACCCGGCGUCGACGUGUUCCAGGAGGACGGCGCCUUCGUGACGUCAUUCGCGCGAAACGUCAAGUCCAGCCGGAUCGCGAUCAGCCCGCUGGACGGUCACGUGGUGGUGGCCUCAGAGAGCGGGAUCCGGAUCUUCACGUCGGACGGGCAGGCGCAGAAGAUGUUCUCCGGCCCGGCGUUCCUGGGAGGGGUGGCCGUGAGCCCGCAGGGGGACAUCCUGGUGUCGGACAGGCGGGAACACUGCGUCAAGGUCUACAGACCUGACGGUAAGCUACAGAGGACGCUGAGCGGCUGGGGAGAGAAGAAGGGCCAGUGUUACUCCCCGCGGGGAGUGUGUGUGGACCGGCGCGGGAACGUCAUCGUGGCGGACCGGGACAACGGCCGGGUGCAGAUGUUCAACUCUAGCGGCAAGUUCCUCAGGGUGCUGGGGACGAGAGCGGACGGGCUGGACCGGCCGGAAGAGGUGGCGUUGCUAAGCGACGGUCGAAUCGUCGUUCUGGACUCCGUGCACCAGUGUCUGUUCGUCAUCACUCCAUAGA